AUGACAACAGAAUACUUUGUCCGCCUCUGUUACUAUGUAGCAUCAGAAUACGAGGGGCUAGGCAGCACUAAAUGGACAUAUGAUGGAAAAGGAAAUGCGUAUCUCCGCUGUUAUUAUUUUGCCACUCCUACACUGAUCACUAUCAGAGGUCUCCCCGAGCCUCAUACACUCUUUGAGAUCGUCUUCCAGCUGGUGAACUUCUUCACAGGAGUCUUUGUCUUCUCUAGCUUGAUUGGACAGAUGAGAGAUGUCACUGGAGCAGCUACGGCGGGUCAGACCUACUUCCGCGCCUCUAUGGACUCCUGUGUGGCUUAUAUGAACACCUACACCAUCCCAAAGCUGGUGCACUGGUGGGACUCCCAGGGCAUGCUGGGUAAGAGCUUACUGUAA